GCUCUGGCCGAAAGCCUGAUUACCUUCUGCAUCACUGGCAUGUGUCGUAUCUGGAAUGUCGAGGAGGCUCACAAGCUAACAAGGCUGCACAGACUAGUUGCGCUGAACCCGGAGCAUUCACAGAAGGAGCCUUUGCAGGCCUUUGCGCUGCCAAGGUCCGAUGACUUGGCAAAUGUGGAUGAUGGCGCAGGCGACCGGAAUCCAUCGUUGCCGCGAGCGAAGGCUGUAUUCUCGGGAGAUAGCGGCUUGCGUGCAGUCCCAGACAAGCUUCAGGAGAAAGCUAUCUCCACUGCUAUCCACGUGGGUUGUCGUGGGCCUGCAGCGCGAGUGGCUGGAGCUGCAGCAGCUAUGACUGUCGAGGGCUAUGCGUUGUACAAAGAAAUUGGUCGGCAUUGCGAGCAGCUGGAAGGGAAGAACAUCAGCUCGGAGCAAUUCACGGAACGAAUUUGCGAGAGCACCGUGAGCUCUUCUGGUCGGGCGAUUGGUAGCUUGGCCGGAGCCGCGGUCGGUCAGGCCUCGAUUCCUGUACCUGUGGUCGGCGCAGUGAUCGGUGGAGUUGCAGGUGCCGCUUGUGGUGGUUUCUAUGCCAACAGUCUGGUCCGUGGUGCUUGGCGUUUAUCAGGCGGCAAGGCAAAAGGUGGCGAUGACAUCGUCAGAUGCGUUGAGCACGGGACCGCCGACAGCAGCAAUCACGCUUUCGACAAUUUCGAGAAGGAGGCUUGUUCUGACAAGCUGGUACAAGACUUCGUUCGCUCGACGAAGCUCUUCGAAGCGGAGGACGAUCAGCCCAUGCAAUUCCAGGGGGAAUCGGAGGAUCUCCUCUGA